GUUUAACAGAUGACUUCAUAAACAUUUCCAAAAAAUGGGAUGAUUGUCGAGCAAGAAUUUGCUUGGACCAAAUUUGCUUGGAUUCUCGAAAAAUUGCUUGGGUUCAUCUGGAUUUUAAAUAAAAGGGCGUGCCAAAUGAUUAUUUUAUUUUUUUUGCCUCUUUGUCUUUUUCUUUUUAUAUACAGCAUGGAGAAAUAUUCGAGAUGGAGAGAUGCCGGUACUGGCAUUCAGCCCUUUUUGCCACCUGUGCCACCUCGUACCGAUUCUAGUAUUUUAGUUACAUUAUCCAAUGUAAUUCAUAUUGUUGUUGGACCAAUUCAAGCUAUUGUCAAAAUUACCUUGAUUUCUAUUGUCAGUGCUGUGUACUUUUUAUUCGUACCUGUCUUUGGAGCACUACUUACACCCAUUGCUCCAUUAAAACGUUUAUGGACAAGAGUGUUCUCUGCUAUUCUUCUUCGUCUGGUACUUUUUAUAGCAGGUUUCUUUCAUAUCAAGACAGAAACACUUUCUAUUCGUAAAAGUCGUGGCUCAGGCCGUGUAGAAUCCAGCUCAGUUAAAAAUGGCGAUGUCAUUGUUGCAAAUUGGACAUCGUAUAUCGACGUUGUAUAUCUUGCAUCAAGAUUUGUUCCUGUUUUUACUCAGAUUUAUACGGAAAGUGAAAAGAUCAAAAUCAUUAGUUUAUGGGAAGCUAUCCGAUUGGCUGGUAAAAUUCCUGAAUCAGCACCCUCCAGCGAUGACCAAGUGUAUACCGUUCAAGAGUUGUCGUUGAAAGCAAAGAAAGGAGGAUGGGGACCUAUUGUGGUUUUUGCAGAGGGUACUACUACGAAUGGACGUGCAUUAUUGAAAUUUGCACCUAUUUUCAAAGAUUACAAGGUGGAUCAAAAAGAUGGGCAAUUUCAAGUUAUGGCUUUCAAAUAUGAAUAUGCUGGUAUGUCUCCAACGUAUACUGUUGGAAAUCAAUUAUUUCACUUUUUCAAAUUAUGUUCUCAGUUCCAUAACACUUUAAUUGUGAAAUCGCUUGCUAAUGGUGAGGCACCGUGCUCUCCUCAUUCUCAAGUGCCCGCUACGGGUUCUAUAAGCGAUGAUCCAGUUGGUGACUUACUGAUUGCCGCAGUUGGAAAUAUUUCAAAACUUAGAAAAACCAACUUGAGUAUGACUGAUAAGCGGGACUUUUUGUCUUACUAUGAGUCUCGUAAAUCAAAAUAAAUAAUUUAAUAUGAUAUAAUAUACAUGAGCCGGUAUAUCUAGUACAGUAGUGUAAGGGAAUAAAAAAGCCAAACAAACUAUAACAGCGUAGGAUGAUUUAAAUAAAGAAAGAAAUUUAUUAUAAAAGACCACUUUUUAGCUAUCAA